AUGAACGAUUUCCUAGUCCGACUCGGCGUAGGUACGUUAUAUGAAUCAGCGAACGCCCUCCUUGGGAACCAAACUGACCGCCCGGCCGCCACCAUCACGGAUUCGAUCAUCAUGGCCGAAACCAAAGAUCACCAACGCGCCGGUCACGUCGUGCUGUUCCCGUUCAUGGCGCAGGGCCACCUCGCGCCGUUCCGCUGCCUGGCCGCGCUCCUCCGCCGCUGCCGCCCCGACGCUCGCGUCACCGUCGUCGCCACCUCCAGAACGGCCGAGUCCAUCCGCGCCAGCCUCGCCGCAGACGGCAUCGACGUCCACGCGCUCGCUUCCGGCACCUCCGCCGGCAGCAUCGGCUCCUCCCAGCAGCUCAUCGACCUCUUCCUCGCCGCCGAGUCCCUGGGCCCGGCGUUCCACCGGUUCGUCGCCGACCUCAGACGCUCCGACCCUGGUGUCUCCGUCCACGUCGUCGCAGACAUGUUCCUGGCCUCCACGACGUGUGACGUCGUGCCAGAUGACCCCGGCGUCACGCGCUCCGUCCUGCUCACCACCGGCGGCUACGGCGCGGCGCUCUACUUCUCGCUCUGGGACAGCGUCCCGCUCGUCCCCGACGACGACGAGUGCUUCCGGCCGCGAUGUUUCCCGGACGUCCGCGUCCACCGCUCGCAGCUCACCGACCACCUCGCGGCGGCCGAUGGCGGCGACGCGUGGUCGACGUUCAUCCGCAGGCAGAUCGCCGCCUUCUCCCGCGCCGACGCGCUGCUCGUCAACACGGCCGAGAAGCUGGAGGCCAAGGGACUAAGCAUCCUUCGGCAAUGGCUCAGCGAUGUGGCGAUAUUCCCGGUCGGGCCGCUGCUCCAAAAGGCAAGGUUGUCAUCGACGCAAGAGACGACGGGCAGCAGCCCUAGCCGCAGCCCGAUCUUGGAGUGGCUUGACACGCAACCGCCGGCCUCGGUGUUGUACGUGUCGUUCGGGUCGCACUACACGAUCUCGGCGCGGCAGACGACGGAGCUGGCAUUGGGGCUCGAGAAGAGCGGGCACAGGUUCGUGUGGGUGAUCCGGCCCGCAGACGACGUGAACGAGCAGUCGUUGGGCCUGCCGGAGGGGUUCGUGCAGAGGAUGGAGGCGGCGGGGCGAGGGCUGGUGGCGUCCUGCUGGGCGCCGCAGGUGGAGGCGCUGGCGCACGCGGCCACGGGAGCCUUCCUGACGCACUGCGGAUGGAACUCGGCGCAGGAGAGCCUCGCCGGCGGCGUGCCAAUGGUGGGGUGGCCGCUCUCGGCGGAGCAAUUCUACAACGCGAAGACGAUGGCGGAAGACAUGGGGGUAUGCGUCGAGCUGGCGCGCGGCGGCGCGGCCGCGGUGGCGAGGGACGAGGUUGCUGGUGUGGUGGAGACAGUGCUCGGCGAGACGUCCAGUGUGCGUGCCGCGAUGAGGCGGAAGGCGGCGGAGACGAAGAAGGUGAUCGAGGCGGCGAGGGAAGGCGACGUCGACGAGUCGUCGGUGGAGGUGAUGCGGAGGUUCAUACACUCGAUGGAGAAAUUGCAUGCCUCACAAAAAUGA